GUUGCGUGAACACGUGGUUUAGCUGCUAUGGGAGGUUUGUGCGCAAUCAAAGUUCAUGUUAGAAUCGUUAUAGAAUAUAUAUGGCAAAACCAAGCGUUAGCACGGAGUUCGUCACUUGUUCAGAUUCCCAAAUCAUUAUUCGAUUUUCAUCUACCAUUUAUUUGUGUAAGGAAAACUGGUCCUGCAUAACGGAGUAAAUUGUACGUAGCACUUUUUUUGUUAGUAUCAAACACGUUGUGUGUGUGUUUAAAAUAAAACAUGUUCAAUCAGUUGUGUUGAAACGUUGCAACAUUUUUUCGAUUGCCAUCACCCGCCUAGUGCAUUGAAAAAAUCAGCACAAACUAGUUCGUUUUCAGUCUUUGCAAUCAAACGUUUAAAAGUUAUUUUCAACAUGGAAAAUCGUUAAUGAGGAAAAAAUCUACUUGCCCUACUCAUCAAUCAACGACACAAUCAAUCAGUGAAUAGUGAAACGCCUGCGAGGGACAUUAGAACAACAUUACUCAGCAGCAGCAGUCUAGCGGGGUCAUUCUUGUUCAUCUGUAUCUUAUCGAAAUGGAUCCAAUCUGUAGAUUAUGUAUGGAGGUUAGCAAUUUGAGUCAAUCUUUGGCUGAUAAAACAAUCCUCUCAAUGGUGGAAGAUUGCAUCCAGAUAAAGUUGGACAUGGCCAAUGACCUGCUACCGAUCGAAAUUUGCGACGACUGUUAUCACACAAUCAAAGAUUUUUCCGAGUUUAAAGAAAACUGCCAUGACAUACAAGGAAUGCUUUUGAAAGAGAUUAAGAAAAGCAGGCGAGAUGAAGAUUUGGAAACGGAUGCUGACUCUCUGCUUGAGCUGUUUGACGGCGACAUUCGGUACUCUGAUGUGGAGUACAUCGAUGAAAACUUGUUUGAUGACAUAAAUACCGAUAAUCUGUUGAAGGACAUUGAAAAUAACAAUGUAAUAAUAAAUGAUAACACGAAGGAUACGGAAUCGUGUACGGAUUCAACAGACUCACUCAAAUCCGAGAAAAAGAAAAAACCCAAACGAUGUUACAAAAAUGAAUACAUUGGGGCACUGAUAACAUGUGAGAUCUGCGGUAAAAUAGUGCACAAAACGUUGAUACCAGGCCAUAUAAACAUGCAUAAUGGAGUAAAACCUUACACUUGUCCAAGAGACGGAUGCAAGUCAUCAUUUCAUUGUAAGCACAAGUUAAAGCGUCAUAUUGGCUACAAGCACUCGGGCGGAAGCUUUUCAUGCGAAAAAUGUGAGAAGAUUUUCAACUCGCAUUUGGCACUGUAUCAUCACAGAUUUGCAUCCCAUCAAGAGCGAGACAAAACGUGCCAAAGUUGUGGAAAACAGUUCAGGACUACUCACGGCCUGAAUCGCCACAUGCGGACACACAACGAAGAGCGCAAAUUUAAAUGUUCUUACUGUACACUAACUUUCGUCAAAGAAUCGUCCCGUGACACACACCAUUUGACGCACACCAAGGAGCGACCUUACAUUUGUCCCAAAUGUAGCGCAGACUACAGCAAUCGAAGACUGCUGGUAAAUCACAUCAAACGGAAACAUCCUGGAUUCGACCAAAUACUGCCGGAUAUUCCAACGACCAUCAGCGAAAAGGAGCAACAUGGCAUGGAAGCAAUUUGCGAACAGUGAGUUAGUGUAGAUUAUUGUGAAUGUUUGUAAAUUCCACUGCUUGAUUUCGAGCAAUGUACCAAUGAGAUGUACGCGGAAUAACAUGCCCAUUUGAUUGGCAUCGUGUCUGUUUUCGUUUUAGAUCCAUUUGAAAAUUUCCCACUAAGCUGAAUUUGGUUAAAAUGUUAGCUUAUAUUGACAAUAAACAAAUGGAGAAAAAUUA